AGCAGUUCAAGUCGAGUGCAGGGAAGUUCUGAGAAACUCAUUGGGAAGCGUUACUUUGAUCUGCAUUAUAAUUUUCGAGAGAUAUCCACACUGGCAGCUGAGAGCGACAGAAUGUAUGAGCAUGCAAGUGGAGUUUUUUCAAAUUUGCUGAAGAAUUUGCAGGAAAUGAAAAAAAAUUCACAUGCUGGAACUUCUGAAGAGGUAUUAUGCUCUAAUCAUGAACAAGAUUAUCCAAAUGUAGUUGGAGUAAAGUCAAAAGCUACGGUUGGACGACCUAAAGGAAGAAUGAAAGGUGCAUUAGAGCGAGGAAAAAGUCACAAGGUUCAAUCAAAAUUACAGGGUAAGAAGCUCAAAGCUAGUUCUUCUCAACAAGGUGGAAGUAGUACUGAAGUGCUAGAACAAAAUAAUCAG